AUGGCUCCAGUAGAGACAGAGUAUUAUGACUUGCUGGGCGUGCAUACUGAUGUCGAAGAUGUGGAAUUGAAGAAGGCAUACAGGAAGCAAGCCAUGAAGUAUCACCCCGACAAGAACCCGUCAGCCGACGCGGAAGAGAAGUUCAAAGAGAUCAGUGUAGCCUACCAGGUUCUAUCGGACUCGAAUUUGCGAGCCGUUUACGAUAAGAAUGGGAAAGCAAUGACGGACAAAGAAGGAGCGCAUACAAUGGAGGAUGCGGCUGGUUUCUUCGCAAAUGUCUUCGGUGGCGAACGGUUUAUGGACUACAUCGGCGAAAUAUCAAUCAUGAAAGACAUGACAUCGACCGCUACAGCAAUGAUGACUGAAGAGGAGAAGACAGAGAUCGAGCGACAAAUGAACGAAGGCCGGGAUGGUGCUGCUGCGACUCCAACUGUGGCUGGUGCACCCGCUUCUCCGGCGGAUGUUCAUGUAUCGCCUGCUCAACCUUCCUCUCCUUCAAAAGAGUCGCAAACGCCUUUACCCAGCUCGAAUCCUCCGUCCGUCACGUCCAGUAGCAACAUCGCUGCUUCAUCCGUCCCAACCUCCCCAUCAGCACCCGCCGGCGCCGCCGUACCUUCAUCGUCGACAUCCAAAGACGCCGCGAAAGAUGCGGCCGAUGCUAAAGAGAAAGACAGGAAACGCAAGCUUACGACAGAGCAGAGAGAGGCGUUGCAAAAGCAGGAGCAGGAGCGGAGAAAGCGGAUGCAGGAGAGGGUCGAGACGUUGACGAAGAAGCUGAUUGAGAGGCUGAGGCCAUUCGUGGAGGCGAAGAAACCUGGAGAUAAGGAUGAUGCCGAGACCGUGGCGUUCGAGGCGAAGAUGAGACGAGAGGUGGAGGAUCUGAAGUUGGAGAGCUUUGGUAUUGAGCUGCUCCACACCAUAGGUCAUGUGUACAUGAUGAAGGCGACCUCAUUCCUGAAGUCGAGGAAGUUCCUAGGCAUACCUGGCUUCUUUUCCCGCUUGAAGGAGAAGGGUACCCUCGCGAAGGACGUUUGGGGCGUGAUUGGGAGCGCGUUGAGCGUCCGGGAUGUCAUGUUGGAAAUGGAAAAGUUACAAGCCAAGGGCGAAGUAGCUGAAGAGGAGCUGAGGGCGCUCGAGAUGGACAUGACCGGUAAGAUCAUGCUGGCGUCAUGGCGGGGAGCACGUUUGGAAGUCAUACAAGUUCUCCGCGAGGUGGUGGAUAAAGUCUUGAAAGAACCCGGCGUGUCAGACGUAGUGUUGGUGAACAGAGCAAGGGGUUUGCUCUUCAUCGGCGCGAUAUUUAAAGCGGCUGUUCCAGAUGAAUCUGACGCAGAAAGGCGCGAACUAGAACGAAUGGUCGCUGAGGCUGCCCAGCCCAAGUCAAAACACCAUCCGUCGAAACUCGCAGCCUUACGUGCGAAGCGUGAAGAAGCCGAACGUUUAGCGAAAGAGAAGGGAACUCCUGCUCCUGGUACUUCGCCGACCGCCGCACCUUCUACACCGCUCACCGAAACCCCUGCCGCGCCUGCUUGA